UCUACUUCAACAAUAACAAACAUCAGUCCGAGUAUAGCCGAAGGCAAAGUAGCAACGCUAUCUUCACGCCCGGCACCUACAACGCUGGAAAUCAUGUUACCAUCCAUGCUACUCAUAUUAGCUUGUGGAAUUGGUAUCAUCCUUAAAACUCUACAUGACCAUUACAAGUGCCUAAGUAAGUUGCGUGCAAGGAGAAAAAUUCAAAUCGAGGACGAGCUUCAAUGGAUGAGUGAUGGCCCUGAUAUCAUGUUCUACCAAGGAAUCAUUCAGGUCAAAAAGAACAGAAAUACCAAAAAGGCAUUCCUAUCGCCCUUUGAUCAAGAGGUCAUGGAAUCUAUGAAAACUUUCAAACACUCGACAACAGAGUUCAUUCAAAUAAGUAUACCAGCCUUAGCUACGAUGAUAAUUGGUCCUUUAAUGAUACUUAUGUACCAUUCAACGACAGAAUUUUUCUGGUCUUUAACAGAAUUUCCGACAAUGCCAAAUAUCAACCAAUGUGUCUCUUGCUUUUUGACUCCAGCAGGGCUUGUGUAUGCUUUGUCUUUCGGUUUUGCAUUCCAGCAAGCUCUUGCAAAGCAAAAUGAUGUAUUAAACAAAAUGACCACCGAAAUAAGUUUUUUGGAUCAAAUAGCAACUCUGACUUGUAAGGUUAACUUUAAGACAAACGGAAUACGUGCAAACAUUUACCGGGCUUUAAAAUCUGAAGCUAUAUACAUGAUGACAUUGGUUCAAAACAGAAAAGUAACCAGCUUCAACAGUAAACCAGAUUGUGAUAUAUCAAUUGAUAUAUGGAAUUUGCUAGAUCUACUGAGAGAGACCAAUAGAACAACCGAACAUUAUGUCGAUAGUAUUAUGGUUCGAUACAUCAUCGAUUAUACAUCGAUUCUCAAUAGUGUGUGUUCCGAUCAGAUCGGUAUAUUACACUCCAAAAUUAAUUGGUUAUUAUGGACUUUUCUUGUAACUCUUGGAUUUUUCUCACUAUAUGGUGUCAUAAUGAUACAAGCCUUCUCCUAUAAGAUGGAGCUCAUGCUGUGUACGCUGACAUUGUUUUCUAUUGGCAUGCUGUGUUAUAUUGUAGCGGACUUAGAUUCUCCAUUUACGGGUAUAUUUCGUAUCGAUUUGUCUAUUCUGAUAGAUGUUAUUCGACGCAUUGAAAUAAUGUGCACAUUAGAGGAAUCAGGGCGAACAGAUCUUGUUUAUUAUCCAGACAGUUCUUAUUUUAACAACACUGAAUAAACUGUUUAACACGACUGCUUAAGAUUGGUGUAAAGAAUGUCCUUUGAAAUAAAUCUUCAUGAGCUAAUGUCAAGAAGCAACACAUUAAACGAACAUGUAUGAUUGUUUUGAUUUCAUUUGAUAACGUGUACAUGUAUGCCCAAAGUCGGGAAAAUCGCCAGUGGUUGUCUUUUGUUAGAUAUCUUAAUGUUUUGGUGGUUAUUUGGAGAAGUCAGUAAGAUAAGAAAUCUUUCAGUAUGAUGACAGAUCUUUGCUGGUUUUUGUUUAAAAAGUAAAAUAAUAAAAAAAAAAAGAAG